CUCAAAAAAAAAAAAAAAAUGGAGAAAGAGAGCCUGAUGUCACUGCUUGUGAAGGAUCAGGAGAGCAGCAGCAAGUCGCCGGAGGAAACUCAGGCCACAUUCACCGGCAUGUUCCCCGUCAACCUCCAUUCCAUCCUCGCCGCCAACACCACCCAGCCCUUACUCCCUCUCUCCUUGUUCGCCGAUAACUACUGCAGCCUCACCGCUCCCAAAACCGAACCGCCGCUCUACCACCACCACCAGCCACCACAAUACGGCGCCGUUUCGGCUCAGACGUCGUCCCUCAACGACUACUACUCCAUCUUCAACCACCUCCCGGACCUCCUCUCCCUCGACCACUCUCCCUACAAGCGCCCUCGCCUCCUCGACCACCAAACCCGAGCCUCCUCCUCCUACCAGCUCUACCCGACGCCGCCAGAAUCUCAGCCGGCUCCGGUGGUGGUGCCACGUGGAAGCAGCCUGGCGCGGAAGAGGCGGCAGACGCUGAGCGACAAGAUGCGGUGCCUGCAGAAGCUGCUGCCGUGGGAGAAGAAGAUGGACAACGCCACCAUGCUCGAGGCGGCGCACCGCUACGUCCGGUUCCUCCAGGCUCAGGUCGCCGCCCUCCAGGCCAUGCCCAUCGUCGCCUCCGACUCCGCCAGCUCCCUCCCCGUCCUGACACGCGGCGUCGGCGGCGGCACCGGUGAGGUGGAGAUGCUGUCCAGGCUGAGCCGGAGCCAGAUGCUGCAGGUGGCGGUGAACUCGCCGGUGGCGCAGACGAGGAUGUCGGAUCUCGGGAGGUGUGUGUUCUCGGUGGAGCAGCUGGCUUUGCUGAACAAGAAGAGCGUCAUCAGGUCUGCCAUGGUCUCUGCUUCAGGGCAUUACUAUCCUACUACUACUAGCUUCAUUGACUCUUCUGCUUCUGCCUCUACUACUAAUUUAGAAGCUUGAUUAACUAUAGCCUCUCUGCUAAUUUUGCUGCAAUCUGCAGGGUUUAGGUUUCUACUUUCUAUUAGGACUAAUAAUUACUUUUUGAAGUUGGUAAGUCAGAAUCAGAUAUGGACAGAAAAGUUGUUGGUUUGGGUAGUGAGUAUUAGGCUAUAGCUGGGUAGCUAAGGCAUUAGGGGCAGCAGAAGUAGUACGUACAAGUUUUGCUUUGAAAUUUGAAAUGAAGUUGGAAAAUUUUGAGGAAUUACAAAACUGCGAGUAAAUAAAUUUUGUCUUGUUUGGUUAUGGGUUCUGUGAUGGUGACAUUGUGCUUGAUCUUGAUUUCCCUGGCCUAGAGAAACAAAAAGCUGAUCAUAUGAAGAAUUAAUAUUACUAUUUCUGUGUUUUGGCCUC